CUGUUUCCCUGAAGAUUCAGGCUUAUUUCAAUGAGACCGCAGAGCUGCCAUGCUUAUUUACAAACUCGCAAAACCUAAGCCUGAGUGAGCUGGUAGUGUUUUGGCAGAACCAGGAAAUGUCGGUUCUGUAUGAGCUAUACUACGGCAAAGAGAAACUUGACAAUGUUGAUCCCAAAUAUAUGGGCCGCACAAGUUUUAACUCAGCCAACUGGACCCUGCUACUUCACAACAUUCAGAUUAAGGACAAGGGCUUAUAUCAAUGUUUCAUCCAUCACAAAGGACCCAAUGGACUGAUUCGCAUUCACCAGUUGCCUUCUGACCUGUCAGUGCUUGCUAACUUCAGUCGACCUAAGAUAGAACCGAUUUCUAAUGUCACAGAAGAUUUGUACAUAAAUUUGACGUGCUCAUCUAUACAAGGUUACCCAGAACCUAAGCAAAUGGGUUUUAAGCUACAGACUGAGAAUUCAACCACUGAGAAUUAUGGUGUUAUGCAGAUAUCUCAAGAUAAUAUCACAGAGCUCUACAACGUUUCCAUCAGCUUGCCUGUUUCACUCCCUGAUGCUACAAGCAAUGUUACCAUCUUCUGUGUCCUGCAAGCGGAGACAACGCUUAUCUCCUUACCUUUUUGUAGAGCACCUAAGAAUCCCGAGCCCCCAGAACUUAUCAUCUUGAUUGCAACUGGACUUAUAGCUACAGUUUUUUGUGGGACUGUGUUUGUUCUAAUUAUGUGGAAGUGGAAAAAGAAGAAGAAGCAGCCAAGAGUAAAAAACGACGUGCCUGAAAGAUCUGAGGAAGAAAUCCAGUGUGUUGUGGACAGUUUGAAGACCCCCUCAGGAGACACAAGCACAACACAUUUUUAA